AUGUUGAAUCAACAUCGUGUGCUGGAGCCUCAAAUGCCUUCUAGCGGAGAUCCAGUAUACACGUCGCUUCAGUCUCAAGUUGCGCCUGCGACUGCCUAUUCCCAGAGCGUGUCGCCCUUUACGGCAAAUCCGAAUGUCAACGGCACUCUGUCAAGCAAGGACAGUUCGUACUGCGACUCUGAUCGUGCGACUCUCGAUCAAUUCGAUGAGCCCUUGACGACUCGUACAGCUGAAGCACAUACUAGCCUCCUUCAUCCAACCCCAAGGAGCGGCAUGUGCAUGAUGGCCCACAAUUUGCAAUUCCUGCCGAGCAGUGAGGAAAUCCCUUCUCUGUCGCCUUUUGGGCUCCCGGAUACACCCAUUGGCGAAGAGUCUCUCCACAGUCAUCCCCAUAUCCCACAACCCUCCGACUACAACAUGGCGUCCUCAUCUUUCGACUCUCAUCUGCAGAGGUCACAACUGGCGCCACCCAGUUCCUCGCCAGAGAUGAAGCCUCUCGGUUAUGACCAGGCUGCACCAUGGGCCGCAUGGAAGCCAGAUACCACAACAGACAUCUGGUACCCUGCUCGAGUCUCCAACGGAUUACCAGACGAUAACAGCUGGCAAAACCAACACUCUUACUCUUUACCCUGGUCUGGAAACAAUCCUUCAUAUCCUCACCUAGAAGAAUUCAACAGCCAUGAGAGCAACAACUACGGAAUGGGGGAUGGAAUCCCCCUGUCAUCUUUUGGCCGGACCAUUGCUUUCCCAUCAUUUUCACCCAUAGCUCACCCAUCCUACGCAGCAGCCCCUGUAUCACAGAUGGGCUCAGCUGGGCUCACUCACGGAUACCCCCUUCCACCACAGCCAACUCAUCUUGCAUCCACCCAACCCAUGUAUUCGGACACGGACCUCGGGUCCCCGAAUCAAAAUACCGCCAAUAGCCUCAGCCCAUCCUCCUUCACCCCCUCCACAGAAGAGGGCACCUCCCCCCAACAAGUCGGAGAAGGCUCAGGCAUUGAGGCAGAUCCAAACUACACAAACGAGCGUAACGCCUUCCUUAUCGACUGCAAGCGCCGCGGACUAUCAUACAAGGCCAUCAAGCGAGUGGGAGGGUUUAAGGAGGCGGAGUCUACCCUACGGGGACGGUACCGCACUCUCACCAAAGCAAAGGAACAGCGCGUGCGCAAACCUCAAUGGCGAGACAAGGACGUUAGACUUCUCUGUGAAGGUGUCAAGCUCCACGCUGAGACCCCAUCCACAUACAGCCCUCUGAACAUCAACGAGCCGCCAAAGGUAUCGUGGAAGAAAGUCGCUGAGCAUAUUAAGGCUAAUGGAGGAUCUUACCACUUCGGAAAUGCGACUUGCAAGAAGAAGUGGUGUGAUCUCCAUGGAAUCACCCGCUGA